CACGAGUGAAGUCCCUUCUAUAAAUAUUGUCGUUUGUGAUGGCGAAGUCGGCUAAGGAACAGGCUGAAAUAAUUGUUUUGAGAAAAGAACUUGAUUGGCUGCUGAAAGAAGAAGUGAAUCCAGUUUUACAAGAUAUUAAAGAAACACUUCAGGAAUGUUAUGAGUGUUUACCUUUUCAUGGAACUGCAGAAAAAACAGUUCGACGAGAAGACUCAUCACCACAGAAAAUCAUCCUUAAUUCUCCAAACAAUGCUACAAGUGCAUUAAAUUUAAAGAGUAUUGUUACACUUAGAGGAGACAGUAUAGAAGGGGCUGAACUUCAGUUUAAGCAUAAACAAGGUAAAGAGCAUAACAUUUUUAAGACGAAGCUAAAAGAUGGAACACUAUGGCAGCUUCCUCAGAUUCGUGAUGCUGGCAGUCACCUGUGUAAUGCCAUAGAAAUUGCUUCUAGAAAUGAUGCAAACUAUGAAUUCAAAUCAGUCAAAGAAAUUUCUUUGAUAUUGGAUGAACUGAUGGAAAGUUUAUUGAAAUGUCGCCAAAGUUUAUCUUUACCAAAACGGAAAUCUAUCAACGAAUUGCUAGAAAGCCAGAAUUUGCUGGUAUUCACUCCACCCUUGCCUGGGGAUGUGGCAGUGUCUUUCUACAUUUACACUUCCAAACUUGUGCUCGCCUUGUACUGCCUUCACACCAACGGUCAGAACAAAAGUGAGAAAAUUGAGAUUACACAAAGAAUACAGGUUGAGGCCAUGGUGAAAUGGUUGAAUGACGCCAUUAUCUUCUUUACACUGUCCUUACAGCAGUGUCAGCAGCUCAAGGACAAGUUGAUGGCUGUGUCUGAGAUUUUAGAGAAUCCAUAAAUACCCUGCAAGAAAUUCAACAUUCUAUUCAGACAACUCUAUAACCACAAUAUUAAACACGAAGCAACAAAAAUAUUGGAAGUCUUGAAAUAUUUCCCAUAACCUUAACAUAAUCUUUUUUAUUUAUAUUUAUGAUGGGUCCAAGCUAUUCUAUGAAAUGUAAAAUUUCUUUAAUAGUGCUAUUCAAAAUGUAUGCUUAAAUUUUAAUUCUCAUUUUUUUUUUUUUUUUCAGUUUAUUAAAGUGGUAGACCUUUUUUUUUUUUCUAAAUUAUUAGUUCAAAAUUAGAGUUUAAUUAUUUUAAAUUGAAAAAAAACUGACACCUUCAAAGUGUGUUUACUGGUAUCAUUGCUUUAACAAAAUCUUUAAUUGUAAAAAAAAGGGUCUAUAAUAUAUAAUAAUAUAAUAAUAUUGCUACAAGAGAUUCUACACUUUGGAAGAUUUGUUUUUUUUUUUCUUAUUGUGCCUUAAAAUAUUUAUGUUUAUGCAGCAUCAGCAGCUGCUUUGCUUGAUUGAAAUGUUUCAUAAGAGUCAUGUUCACUUGCUUACCAUGGGAAUAAAUGCUUAUGAUUGUUGAACUUUGUUGAGCUUAGCAGAUUUGUCAGUAAAGAAUGUUAAACUUUGGUGUCAGGAGCAAACAGUUUAAUCUUCAUUUUGAAAUAUAUAGCUUAUAAGAAGGACUAAGCAUUCUAGUUAGAAACUGGUCAACUUUUUUAAUGAAUAGUGUUAUUUUAUUGAUAGGCUUAAAAUAAAGGUUUGAUUACUUUUGAAUAAAAGAUAGAAACAAAAAUUCUUUUCUACAUACUAAUUGUGGUCAACCAUUCUAGAUUUUAUUUGGGGUUCAUUUUUCAAAUAAUAUUACAAUGGCUAAAACCAUUUAAUAGAAAUAAUUUUUAAAAAGUAAAACUUUCACUUUUUUUUCAUUCAUUCUUGUGUGAGAAUGUGUUAUGUACAAUUAGGCUUGAACCACAUUUCAAGCAAUAGUUCCAGAUAUAUUUAAAUAUUUGUAAGCAUUUGUGAUCCCUAGGAUCAUAAAUGUAACUGCAUCUUUGAAGUGACCUCUCUUGCGUCUGUGACAAGGGCUGAAUGUAUAGAUAUUAGAAAACUUUGGUCCUUAAAUUAUUAUUUGAACUUACCUUAUAUCUGUCAUAUUUUAUUAUACCUGUCAUUUUAUUAUGCCUGUUAUAUUUUCAUGUAUGGGGUUUUGUAUGUAUAAAAGAACUAGCUCCCUUUUCAUUGUAUAGUAGCCAUAUUAUCCUGUCACAAUACAGGUAUAAGGUGUACUUGAGGGGAUAGUAUUAAUGGAACAAUAAGGCUUCCAAAUCAGAAGUCCCCUGUUCUUAGGCAUCUUCCAGCUCAUAUAGACUCUGCCCUUCUAAUGGUCAGCUUACAUCUUUGUGAUGUGGUGGCCAGGUUUUAAAGCACUUGGCUUCAGAACUGAGGGGUCUGGAGUUUUAUCUGGAUGAAGGCUGGGGGUUUUGAACUGAUAUACAUUAAGUAAGCAAAAGAUGAGCUUUUCAUCAUCUGAAAAGGGUAUCUUUACUAUACACUGCUAAGCUUCAAAUUUAGAUUUUGGUUUAUGCUUUAUAGCUUAGCAAUGAACAUAAAAAUUAGACUUAGUUUUUUCUAUUUUGGUUUAUGCUUUAUAGCUUAGCAAUGAUGAUGUGAUAGUAAAAACUCAAACUAGGAAGAGAGAUGAAAUAAAAGUAGUUGAUAGAUCAGCCUCUUAGAAGGAAGUCAAGUUUUUGCCAUUUAGUUUUUUUUUUAUAGUAUCAUAGAUGGCCAAGUUAUUUUGUAUAGUAUCAGUGAUGACCUAGUUAAGUUUAAGUUAUUUUGUAUAGUAUCAGCGACUGCCUAGUUAAGUUAUUUUGUAUAGUGUCAGUGAUGGCCUAGUUUAAUUAUUUUGUAUAGUGACAGCCUAGUUUACAGUUUAAGCAGGAAACCUUCUUAAGCUAUGUAGUCCUAGAAACUAAUGUCUCUGCACCCAAACACUGUGUUAAAUUAUCCUAGUGGUUGUUUAGUUUGAAAUGUUGUUGUUGAAACAGUGUGCUACUGUUGCUAUGUUUUAAUAAUGAGUAGUAGACAUCCUUUAGACUUGGGAAGAUUCAUUUCGUCUAAUCUUGUGAUGUGACUGUGUCUGUUGUGAAUAUGCAUUCAGAUUAUGUCCUAUACUGUACAUCCUUUAGACUUGGGAAGAUUCAUUGCAUCCUAUCUUGUGAUGUCACUGUGUGUGCUGUGAAUAUGCAUUCACAUUGUAGCCUAUACUGUUAUGUUUUAUUGCUGACACAUCGUUUGACUCAUAGGAGCUUGUCUGCAGAUGUCUUGUGUACUGAUUGAAGCCAGUUUUCAUGAGCUGGCUGUUCAAAGCAAGCCCAAUUAUUGCCUCACAUUAAAAACUUCAUAAAAUUAAUGAUUAGACCUGUCUGUUAGUCUUAUUGCUAGCAUACAUUUCCUUACAGGAUAAAAAUUAUGUUAAAACUAAAACAUUCUCUUAAUCUAAUAUUUUGUUUUGACAGAAAAAGUCAAAAUAUUAUUUUUAUUAUUCAGACUAAGACUUCUCUUAACACAUCUUAAGAAAUACAAUUUUAAAAUGGAUAAAAGUGUCACUGAUCUAUUCUAAGAUACAAUUGAACAAUGCAAUCCUGUUGACUUUUUCAUGUGUUUUGAUGUCAUGUGCCUAGGUUGUUGAAUUAUGUAAAUAGUUGUCUCUCAUUAAUUUAUGUGAAACUGCCUUCAGUUCAAAGUGCUGUUUAAUAUUUGUAAUAUAAAUGAUGUAGGUUAUGUCAGUGAAGUGCACUGAUUGCACUCAGGAUGUUAUUGAAAUGUUAUAAAGUUGUUACUGGAAUGAAUCCAUUGUCAAGUUGAUUGCGUUAAUGAUGUCAGCAGAGUGUUCUUUUGUUAUCACUUGAAUGAAUGCCUUCUUGAUGAUGUCGGUUGAUCGCACUUGUGAUGUUUAGCUUGCACAGACUUGGAAAUAAUUUUUUUUUUGUCUCAAUGAACAUUCCUUAUUUAUGGCAGAAAAUCAUGUGAACUACUGCAAUGAAAGGUCACCAAAUUGGUUGUUAACUCAAGAACAAUGACCUGGUAGAUUUGAACCCUUAAAUUAUCAUGAAUAACUAGAUUAACAUAUGUUUGUUUAAAAAUGUUUUACAUGUUUUGGAUGUUCCUUCAGAGUUGAAGAUAAUUACUUCCUAGUCCAAACCUCCCGCAGGACGACGGGGGAUGGGAGCGGGCAGGGUUUGAACCCGGGACCAUCGAUAAAUCUGAACGACAGUCCAGCGUGCAAACCCGCAAACCGCACGACCAGGCAGCCAUAUUUCAAUGCUUAAGAGGAAUAGAUGAAAUGCAGUAAGAAUAACUGGUUACCAUUUGUUGUAAUAGGUCAAAAUUUUAAUUUAUAAUUGAAAUAGAUGUGGUAAAUUUAUCUGGCCACACAUUAAGGGCAGAAGACCUGUUGUUGUUUUUUUUGCCAGGUAGUGUAUGCUAGAGUAAAGUAAAACAUUGUCUGUAAUGUACUUCUCUGGUCAUGAAUGUGAUUAAGCCAUAAAAACUAUGUGAAUAUAUUUGUAUAUAGAAGUUUACAAUUCUAAAUCUUUAUUUUAAUUUGCAUAAGCUAUUUAAAAAACAAAACUUCUCAAGAGAAGAUAUGUUUUUCUCUCGGGUGCCUGUGAGAUAUACAAGAAAAAGCUCAAAAUUUUAGUCUAUGAAUUUGCUAAUGGGUUUUCAGCUCUGAUACAUUUUUGAGUCCUACCAAGAAUUUCUUUAUUUAUAUACUAUAGAAUGCCACUAACACACCUUCUUUUUUUUUCUCAAUCUUUUAAUAAUGUUACAAUAAGAUUGAAUGAUACUAACAUGCUCGAAACUAUUUCCUUGUUUUUUUUAUUUCUUCAGACAAAAAGAAACUGUUUAAGAAAAUAUGUAGUUAAUUAAUGACCUAUCUUUGUGUGUACAGGGCUGAGUAAUCAGGAGUAUAACAUUUUUUGACUUGAAUUAAAUAACUGUGGAAAUUA